AUGUAUGGGUCUCCGGUCGCCAUCGCUCAAUCAUGGCCGUCACAAGAGCCCUAUCAUGUUGUACCUAACCAGCAGCGACGCAACGGUAGAUACUGCUCUGAUAUAGUAUAUCUAAGACGCGACGAUGUGGGGGUCGAGCGCCUAAAAUAUCCCAUUCUUGUUCCAUCAACUGGGGAUGGAACAAGCGGUUGGCAGCUACAUCCUCAUCGCAUACUAGCUGAGACCUAUGAUGCUGCUGUAGAUGAAUCCAACCACCAAGGCAUUUUGGGGAACAAACCAACAGAAACUGUACAUGUGAAUUCACAUGGUAGUAGUAGCAGAGAAAGAGAUAUCUCUGAACCACCAAUUGGGAGGAAUCCACCCUACGGUAAUGGAUUCAGUGCUAAGGUUGAGUUUCCAUACUUCGAAGGUGUUGAUCCAUGCUCGUGGUUGCGCAAAUGUAACAGGUAUUUUCAGUACCAUAACAUCACAGACCCUCAGCAAAAGCUAGAAUCAGCAGUUCUCCACCUCAAUGGUAAGGCCGAAUCUUGGUUCUUUUCCUAUCAUGUCAGUAAAGGAAGGGUUAGUUGGUCUGAAUUUACUGAGGAGAUUUGUAAAAGAUUUGAAGGAUCAGAAAAUAGCAAGUUAAACCUAAUCAGAGAAUUCAAGAAAAUAGAACAAAAAGGAACUGUCGAUGAGUAUCUAGAGAAGUUUGAGGAGUUGAAAACAUGGGUGUUGAUCAGGAACCCCAGCAUACCUGAAGAGUUCUUUUUAGAAUUCUUCAUUGAGGGGUUAAAAGAUGACAUAAGGCAUACAGUAAAACUUUUGGAUCCCUAUUCUUUCUCCAAAGCUAUAGAAAAAGCUAGGCACCAAGAGAAUACGAUAGAAGCUCAGAUCAAGAAAGGGAGGAACCAAUGGAGUAGGACCACAGUUCCAAGUAACUCUUCCCAAUGGGGAAACACUAGUACUAUGACAAGCUAUAGAAAUGGAGGAACUAACAGUGGCGGUAACCAAAGAGACAAGUUAUUUGAAACUAGGAGAGCCCAAGGACUGUGUUACAAAUGUGGGGAAAAGUAUCAUCAAGGCCAUGUUUGUAGACCUAAACAACUUAAUGCAAUGGAUGCCUACAUGGAAUCAGGAGAGGAGGGUCAAGAUGGAGUGAUAGGGGAACAAGUGGAAGAGCAGAUGGAGAUACCAGAAGAGGAAAUCAUAGAAGGGACUAUCAGUUUAAAUGCCUUGUCAGGCACUGAAGUUCCCAACACUAUAUCCUUAAGGGGGGAAGCUAAAAAGAACAAAUUAACACUUCUGGUGGAUUCAGGAAGCACACAUAGUUUCUUGGAUAUGGAAACUGCUAAGAAAGUGGGGUGUCACAUCAAAGAGGCUUCAACCAUGAGAGUGACUGUGGCAAAUGGUGGACAUCUAAUGAGCAGAUACUGUUGUCCAAAUUUCAAAUGGAAGAUUCAAGGGAUAGAAUUUGAGGACACAUUCAGGAUCCUCAAACUAGGGGGUAAUGAUAUGGUACUGGGUGGGGAUUGGAUGAGAGCACACAAUCCUGUGCUACUAGACUUUGAAGAAUAUAAAAUACAAGUUUCACAUAAAGGGAAAAGGGUGGAACUUAAGGGCAUUUACCAUCAAGCAGAACUCAAGGUUAUGACUGCUAAUGGGGUAAAGCAAUUGUGUAAGAAAGGGCAAGCCAUAUGGGCACAUUUAUUCACCUUAUCAGCAACAAAAGCACAGGAAGAGAAAAAUAUCCCUGAAGAUAUUGCUCAAAUCUUGGAGCAGUUUCCUGAUGUAUUUUUGGAGCCUACAUCACUUCCACCCAGAAGACAACAUGACCACUAUAUUCCACUGAAGCCUGACUCUGCACCAGUGAGCAUUAGACCCUACCGGUACAAUUUCUUUCAAAAAAAUGAAAUUGAAAAACAAGUGAAGGACAUGGUGCAAAAUGGCAUAAUUCAGCCUAGCCAUUCUCCAUUCUCUUCACCGGUCCUUCUAGUUAAAAAUAAGGAUGGGAGUUAG